AUGGCCAAGGUUCCUCGCAACUUCCGCCUGCUGGAGGAGCUUGAAAAGGGUGAAAAAGGUCUCGGCGCUGAGGCUUGCAGUUAUGGCUUGGAGGAUGGCGAUGAUUUGCUCAUGAGCAACUGGAACGGUACCAUAUUAGGACCUCCUCACUCUGUCCACGAGAACCGAAUCUACAGCCUCAAGAUGCACUGCGGCGAUACGUACCCCGAUGUCCCUCCCAAGAUCCAGUUUGUCAGCCAAGUCAACCUGCCCUGCGUUGACCCCCGCAACGGCGUUGUCGACCCGUCGAUGCUUCCCUGCCUUGCGCAAUGGAAGCGCGAAAAUACCAUGGAGACCAUCCUGAUAGAACUGAGAAGAUAUAUGGCCGCCCCCAACAACAAGAAGAUUCCCCAGCCUCCCGAGGGAGCUACCUACUCAUGA